AUGGAGGCGGAGGAUGAAAGCCGGGAUGUUGGCCCAACGGAAGACGUAGAUGAUUCAGAAGUGGAAAUCUGGGAGAGAGUUUGCCAAAUAAACGACAUUGUUGAUCAAAUAGGAAUUCAGCAUCCUAUCAUCUAUGACAUUUAUGAUUUGUGUCAGUAUUACAAAAAUGAUAAACUUUGCCUAUUUAAUAUCAGCAUGUUAAGAGCUAUAUGUGUGGGCAUUUCGAGAUACCAUUCAAGUCAAGAGAUCGCAAAUCUGACCUUAUUCUGA